UGGACUCGCCCUAACUCUGCCAUGUUGGAUGGAACUGGCUCAGGGCUCCUAUAACGGCAGGACUUCCUAGGAAAGUUUUCACCUCGUCCCAGCUUCGUCCUGUUGUCCCAGUUUUUGCCUGGUUUUGAGGAGCCGAGAGACGCCAAAGCUACAUUCCUACACCGUGCUCGUUCCCCCCCGCCCCCACUCACCUUUAUCUCGGCGGAGCGGCGGAAUACUGCCGCACCGGCGUGAGGAGUCGGAGGCAGGCCACGGAUGACCGAGGGAUUGUUUAUGUAUCUUCCCGGACCUCCGACAAGCAGUCAGCGGGUGCAGACUUCAUAAACUGAUCCCUAAUAAUGAGUGGACACCCGCCGCAACGGCGGCAAAGCAAUGUCGGCUCCUUAAUCUUGUCACAGCAGGACAAUGAAAGCCUUUUUAACUACCUUGGGAGGAAAUGCAUCACGUUGUCUUCAGGAGUGGUCCAGGUGUACACAGCAGAACGAAACAGCAGCUGGAACAAAAGAUGCUGCGGGGUGGCCUGUCUGGUCAAGGACAACCCGCAGCGCUCCUACUUCAUCAGGGUUUUGGACAUAAGGGAGGGUAAAAUGAUGUUCGAACAGGAGCUGUACAACGGCUUCAUUGGUAACCUGCAGAAAGCUUACUUCAUUACAUUUGCUGGAGACACGUGCCAAGUGGGUCUGAACUUCGCCAGCGAAGACGAGACCAAACGUUUUCAUGUCGCCUUAACAGAGCUGACGGUGAAAAGAAACAGGAAAACGGAGAAGAGGCGAGACCCUCCAAAUGGACCUGCGUUGCCCAUGGCGACCGUCGACAUCAAACACCCAGAGAUCAGCAACUCGCAUCGUAUUCACAACAACUCUCAGAUGAACAACCUCGUGCACGGCUCCUUCCCCAUGAGGCUCAAGAAGGACAAAGCGAAGAAGAAGAAGCUGACCAAGGCCGACAUCGGCACACCCAGCAACUUCCAGCAUGUAAAUCACAUAGGAUGGAAUCCAAACACCGGCUUUGAUAUGAAUAACCUGGACCCAGAGCUGAAGAACCUGUUUGAUUUGGCCGGCAUCUCCGAGGCUCAGCUGAAGGACAAGGAGACCUCCAAGGCCAUCUACGACUUCAUUGAGAAAAAUGGAGGCGUGGAGGCCGUCAAAAACGAGGUACGGAGACAAGCUCCUCCACCGCCUCCCCCCAGAGGCGGCCCUCCUCCUCCACCCCCACCCCAACAUGGCUCCGCCCCUCCACCACCUCCUCCUUCCCGGGUGGUCCGGGGCGCCCCGCCGCCUCCUCCCCACUCCCGGCCUCCCGUCUCAGCGCCCCCGCCUCCGCCCCCGUCCCGACCGGGUAUGUCCGCCCCGCCGCCUCCACCACCCAGCCGAGGCACUCUCCCGCCUCCCCCCGCCCCGGCACACUCCUCCCUCCCCGUGGCCCCGCCUCCUCCUCCACCGCCGCCGGCCAGCAACGGCGCUCCUCCGCCCCCGCCGCCUCCGCCGCCUCCCGGGCCUCCUCCUCCGCCCUCCCUGGAGGCCAACGGAGGGGACGGCAAGUCUGCGCUGCUGAGUCAGAUCAGAGAGGGAGCGCAGCUGAAGAAGGUGGACCAGAAGGAGAGGCCGGUGUCCACCGGCGGCGGCGGCGGCAGAGACGCACUUCUGGACCAGAUCCGACAAGGAGUCCAACUGAAAGCUAGGGACGACAACUCCGAACAGACACCUACUGACGCAGCACCGACCGCGGGCAUCGUCGGGGCGCUGAUGGCCGCCAUGCAGAAGAGAAGCAAGGCUAUCCACUCGUCAGACGAUGACGACGACGACGACGAUGACGACGACUUUGAGGAAGAGGACGAAUGGGACGACGAGUGAAACUUUUUUUUUUCUUCCCUUUUCUUUUUUUGCCCUCGACGACACUAAAUUUUUUUUCCCAGUCUUUCUAAAAUAAAGUUGAUGAUUUCAUAAUUAUGAUUAAAAAUGUUCCUUCAGUUUGCUGUACAUUCUGUUGCCUUUAUGCCGUUUUUUUAUUGUUAUUAAUCUGUGCAAUACCUCAUUUAAUCUCUAAAUUUUUGUCGGCCUAAUCUUAGAGGUCGUCUAUCAUCAUUUGCGCCAUCUUGUCUCCUGAUGGGAUUAAUUUUCUUCCUUUGUUGCUACGCGGCCUUCUAUAUUUCAAAAUGUGUUGAUCACGCUCUGUUCGCCACUUUUCAUAUCUGCUGUCUCCUGUCACACACCAUCUGACUUUGCUCCUAUUUUCACCCCGAUGUGCAAUUUUAAACAUCUCUUAAGCAUUUGAGCUGAAUGUUGGCUAGAUUUUUUUUUUUUUUUUUUUUCCCCUCAGUGUUUUGAGAGGGUUUACAGGAUGGCGAGACAAGUUGCCACAAAAUCUUAUUUGUAUCAUUGUUAGAAAGGGAGAAGAAGAAAAAAAGAGGCUAUUUUCAUACCCGGUUGCUCUGUAGUUUAUUUUUACAUGUUCAAAUAAUUCUAGUUUAUUGAUCAUAUUUUCUUAAAAAAAGAAGAUAAAAAAGACAGCAAUCUGGAAUAUUUAGCAUUCAUUCACUGUGGACUGUACAUUUACUCCAAACUUUGAGUCUUUUUUUUUUUUUUGCACAUAUUGAGAAAUCCGACUCUUUGCAGGGAUAGAGAACAUUUUAGGGUUCGCAUCAUAAUUUGAAGUGCACGUGCUUUAAGUUAUGUAGCCAAAUACGCGAGGAAUUGAAAUGGUAAAUCAUUAACACUACAAACAAUAAAGAGGGUAGCCUACAGUGUUAUGUUUGGCUCCUUUUUUUUUCUUUUUUUAAUCUCUGCAACACUACAGGUUUAAUUGACUUUUGUGCUCAUUUGUUUUUUGUUGUUUUUUUGUUUGUUUUUUUUACUGUAGAAAGCAGAGUAUUAAUAAAUACCUGUUCAUUGUAAUCAGGUAAUUCAUCAUGUGAUGCUAAAAUAAAGAUAUUUUAGUUUUGCACACUGAUUCUUAGAAUGGGUCCAUUCUAAGUUCCUGUACUAGUCAAAUGCUGGCAUAUUAAUUACCAAGCAUGUAUUGACUGACUACAUUCAAUUAUGAGCGGUAACAUUGGGACAUCGAUGCACAGUCAAUGUUAAAUUGUGUAAGCAUUGAAUUUUUAAGUUUUACCCCUCGAAGUGGAUAUGUCUCAAAGUUAAACUGUUUAAUUAUUUUGUAUGGCGGGCAUAAAAAUAAAAAAUUGUGUUUAUUACAAUAUCCGCUGAAAUAUGAGCUGAAUUUAAGAAGUAUAAUUUUUGACUCAGCAGUUCUAACAUUUUUAUUAUUUUGAGGGGGAGGGCCAGAAGAAAAAGAAAUUACGAUGGAUAAAGUUUGACUUUGUCGUUUGCCAACUGUAGUUUUAGCCUAAAGUCAAGAUAAUGCAGAACUGCUAAUAUGAAGGUAAAAAGGUGCUGGUCAUUUUACCUUCGCCCCUUUUUCGUUGUUGAUUUCAAAAAAACAUUUUAUUUUUAUUUUUAUUUUUUAAGUGUUAAGAACUGCCGUUUGCCUCGAGGCAUUUUAUUUUUAUCAUUAUCACGGUGUUGUGAAGCCGUCUAGAUACGUUUUAAACACCUAGCAAUAGUGCUUGCUAGCAUUUUUAAAGUAGUUAACUUAAAUGUAAGCCAAAAUAGUUUUUCACGUUUCUGGUUGUAAUACAUAAAAGUUCGACUCGGUGGUGUUUGUGUAAUCUCUUAAACGGAAAGCCAAGUGAGAUGACCACAUUUGCCUAGCAAAGGUUAGCUUUGCCUUGUUCCUGUUAGCAACUCAGCUACUAACUCUGACAUCAUUAAAUCUGUUAAUGUAGGGAAUCUGAGAUGUAUUAGAAAGAAGUGAUUGUUUUCUAUUGUUCAUAACCAAUCCAACUAGCUAGGUUACAGAGAGUCUGGCUGUAUAGCCUUUUUUUUUCAAGUUUUGUAAAGAUGUUUUAAUUUUUUUUUUCAGGAACAAAGCAUCUUCAGAUUAUAUAAAAUCGUAUAGCCAUUUAGCUAGCUAUAUAGCUGCGUAGCUAUUUAGCUAGCUAUGUAGUUAUUUCACCAGCUUAUAAACAUUUAAAAUUUGAGCUUAUUCCAAUGUUUUCUGGCUUUUUCAGGGCAACUUAUUUGAGUAAAAAUAUGUACUCAUUUUUGGGCUAAAAAACAAGAUUUUUAAUUAUUUGGGCAACAAAAAAAGAAAGAGAGCAGUCUCACUACUCCAGUCCAUCUUUCCCUAGCAACACAUUAACUGUAGAAGAGAGUAGUUGGUGUUUGUCAUUAGCUUAAAAUUUGCUAGCAUUUGUUUUGUUCCUGAAUGUGAAGAACCAAAACAUUUUGUUUACAAGAAGUAUCCAAACAUACAUUCCAUAAUAGUCCCUACUUCCUACUUUAUAGAUUAAUUAAAGAAAUUUUUCAAAAUCUGGCUUAGGUGUACUGUAAAGAAAUGUUGUAUGACUAAGAAGUAAUGUAUACCAUUACUUUCUUCAGGAAAUUAAAUAUUUAAAGUCAAUUGGCCUAUAUGAGGCUGCGUAUAAUUAAAAUCUCAGAAAAUAAUCUACAGUUAAAUGAUGCGUAGGAUUUGAGUUUUCUACAACAUAUUUAAGCCAUCAAAAUAUUUGACAAAAAAGUAAAGCAAAAUGGCUAAACACACGGAAAUUUUAUUAGUUAAAAGCUACAAAAAAGAAAAAAAAGACAGCACUCUGGAAUAUCGAUAGAAAUAAAUACUGAAACACAGAGUAACAUUUUUAUUCAUAAGAAAAAAACAUUUUCUUUUCCCACUAACAGUUUUUGUUCCUUCUGUUGGGAGCUAUUUAGCACCAUAACAAGCUCCCAGUUCAAUUAGCAGCUCAUGAAACUGAAGAUGUUCCUCUUUGUUAGUUUUAAAUGACAAUCAUGAAUUGUGGCAUCAGUCACGUCCGCUCAAGAGUUUUGAAUUGAAAACCACCAUCGCUGUAAUGCUGCCAAGAAACAGCAGCGUAUUCUGAUAGCGUAGCCUGUAGCACACCAGUUCACGGUCCUACAAAAUAAAAAU